AGCUAACCAACCGAACGUGCUCCGUACCAAAGCCCGCAUCAGGUAUCUUCCAUCGUUCGAGGGCGGUAGAUGGGGUAGUUGGGGAGUCUUCUCUUCUACCCGCGUUGUGCUGUAUAAAUCCGUCGUUUAUCCGAAAUUUUCUGUGUCUGGUGGAGAACUGCGGAAGCUCUCGGAUCGACGGAGGCAGAGCUGUUUUAAUUUUGCAUCAUGGCUACAGGACAAAUUUUCUCGCGAAAUACUCAAGCAUUGUUCUACAAUUACAAGCAACUUCCAAUCCAGCGGAUGCUUGACUUCGACUUUCUUUGCGGGAGGGAAACUCCUUCUGUUGCUGGAAUUAUAAAUCCUGGUUCUGAAGGGUUCCAGAAACUAUUCUUUGGCCAAGAAGAAAUUGCCAUUCCAGUUCAUUCAAGCAUUGAAGCAGCUUGCAGUGCACACCCAACCGCUGAUGUUUUUAUCAACUUUGCAUCUUUCAGAAGUGCAGCCGCUUCUUCAAUGGCCGCACUAAAGCAACCAACAAUCCGGGUUGUUGCCAUUAUAGCUGAAGGUGUUCCAGAGUCAGACACUAAGCUAUUGAUUGCAUAUGCACGGACUAAUAACAAGGUUGUCAUUGGUCCUGCCACUGUUGGGGGUAUCCAAGCUGGAGCUUUUAAGAUUGGUGAUACAGCAGGAACAAUAGACAAUAUAAUUCAGUGCAAACUCUAUAGACCUGGAUCUGUUGGUUUUGUCUCUAAAUCAGGUGGAAUGUCAAAUGAGCUUUAUAAUACAAUUGCACGUGUGACUGAUGGAAUUUUUGAAGGCAUUGCAAUUGGAGGAGAUGUUUUCCCUGGAUCAACACUUUCUGAUCACGUCAUUCGAUUUAACAAUAUUCCUCAGGUAAAAAUGAUGGUUGUGCUCGGUGAACUUGGUGGGCGUGAUGAAUAUUCCCUGGUGGAGGCCCUUAAAGAGGGUAAAAUUCAUAAACCAGUUGUUGCCUGGGUCAGUGGAACCUGUGCAAGGCUCUUCAAGUCAGAAGUGCAGUUUGGACACGCUGGUGCCAAGAGUGGUGGUGAAUUGGAAUCAGCGCAGGCAAAAAAUCAGGCUCUGUUGGAAGCUGGAGCAGUUGUCCCAACUUCUUAUGAAGCAUUGGAGACUGCAAUUAAAGAGACUUUUGAUAAGCUUGUUGAAGAAGGGAAGAUCACCCCUGUAUCCGAAGUUAAACCUCCAGAAAUUCCAGAGGAUCUUAGCUUUGCAAUUAAAAGUGGGAAGGUCCGGGCCCCAACUCACAUCAUCUCUACUAUCUCAGAUGACAGAGGUGAUGAACCAUGUUAUGCUGGCGUACCCAUGUCUUCUAUUAUUGAGCGUGGUUUUAGUGUUGGUGAUGUCAUCUCUCUUUUAUGGUUCAAACGGAGUCUUCCUCGCUAUUGCACACAGUUCAUAGAGAUAUGCAUUAUGCUAUGCGCUGACCAUGGUCCCUGUGUCUCUGGUGCUCAUAACACUAUAGUCACAGCAAGGGCUGGGAAGGAUCUCGUCUCGAGCCUUGUUUCUGGGCUUCUCACAAUUGGUCCUAGAUUUGGUGGUGCAAUUGACGAUGCUGCCCGAUACUUCAAGGAUGCUUAUGAUAGGGGUCUUAGUCCUUAUGAAUUUGUGGAGGGCAUGAAGAAGCAGGGCAUCAGGGUACCUGGAAUUGGACACAGGAUUAAGAGUAGGGAUAAUAGAGACAAGAGAGUUCAGCUAUUGCAGCAAUAUGCACACAACCAUUUCCCUUCUGUGAAGUACAUGGAUUAUGCUGUUCAAGUUGAGAACUAUACAUUGUCAAAGGCCAACAACUUGGUUUUGAAUGUUGAUGGUGCCAUUGGAUCCCUUUUCUUGGAUCUUCUUUCAGGCAGUGGAAUGUUCACCAAGCAGGAGAUCGAUGAGAUUGUUGAGAUUGGGUACCUGAAUGGACUCUUUGUCCUUGCUCGCUCCAUUGGCCUCAUAGGGCACACCUUUGAUCAGAAGAGGUUGAAGCAGCCUCUUUACCGCCACCCAUGGGAAGAUGUUCUAUACACAAAAUGAUCAGUUUCUACGGUAUCCAGAUCUGUUGUUUCGAUUUUCAUUUAUUUAUUUUGUCACCAUUCGACCAGCAAUUAAUACUUGUAGGGGCUGUACUAUGGUAAGCAAAGGUUGCAGCCUUAUUUCAACUUCGAGUUCUAAUAGC